AUGACGGAGGAACAGUUCCACUGUGACAAAAAGGCUUUACUAAUAAAAAGCCUUCAAUUUAAAUAUCCGAAAGGACCUGAGCGCUGGCAUGAAAACUACCCCCUGGCCAAGGGAGACAACCAGUCACCCAUCGAGAUCAACAGCAAAGAGACGCGGUACGACACCUGCCUCACGCCUUGGCACGCCAGCUACGACCCCGGGGCGGCCAAAACCAUCCUCAACAACGGGCGCACCUGCCGGGUUGUCUUCGAUGACACUUUCGACCGAUCAGUGCUGCGAGGGGGACCACUCUCGGGAGCCUACAGGCUACGUCAGCUUCACCUGCAUUGGGGUUCCUCUGACGACCACGGCUCCGAGCAUGUUGUAGAUGGGGUGAAAUAUGCAGCAGAGUUACAUAUGGUGCACUGGAAUCCAAAGCAUGGUAAUUUUGCUGGAGCUUUGAAACAACCUGAUGGUGUGGCCGUUGUGGGCAUUUUUCUGAAAGUUGGAAAAACUCCCAAACCAGAGAUGAAGAGGAUUCUUGAAGAAAUUGAUAACAUUAAGACCAAGGGCAAAGAGGCUCCUUUUCAGCACUUUGAUCCUUCAAUUCUUUUCCCCCAAUCCCGGGACUACUGGACCUACCACGGCUCGUUCACCACACCCCCCUGCGAGGAGUGCAUCACCUGGAUUCUCUUGAGGGAGCCCAUUGAAGUCAGCCCAGACCAGAUGGCGAAGCUCCGUAGCCUUUCCAAGAAUGGUGAGAACGAACCUAUGAAUCCACUGGUUGAUAACUGGCGCCCACCUCAGCCCGUGAAGGGCAGGAUAGUGAGAGCCUCGUUCAAGUGAAGCCUCAAGUCUCCCUCUGCUGAACCCGAGUGAGGAAAUCCCUGCAUCCCAAAGCGUAGUUAGUUUUUGCUGCCUACUGCUUUUCCUCUGGAUCCAGAUCUGUGUUUCUCAGCUUGAAAUUCUGAGUGGUAAAACUGAAUCUGAUUUCGAAAGCAGAAAAAAAUACUGUAUGCAAAUACUAACCUUAAUAAGGAAACGUGAGAUAUACGUGAUUCUUGACCACAGAUGCCUCAGCAUUUGCAUUAGUGUCACCUCUCCGCCAUGUGGGCUUGGAAGAAAAAGGGGCUCAGUUUCAAUAUUUAAAAUCAAUUUCAAAGGAAAUGCCGUAAAGGCAGUAAAAUGAAGCAGUAGUUUAGGACAGCAGAAAUAACAGUGGGUUAACAGGAAUGAACAGGAUGUAAAACGCCUGCUUCUGCAGCAUCACGAGUGGUGAUCUUCCUCAGAUAUCCCACCUCCAGUGCGAACAUCCAAAGAAUAAGUUCCUCUUUAACAUACCAGAUUUUUCCUUCCCUCUCCUGUUCAUCGUGUGUUACCCAAGAUUAGUAUUCUGGGGACACAAUUAGGCAUACUCAGCCUCCGUGUGUGAAGAAGAAAAGAUACCUUGCUGUCAUUUAAUCAUUUGCCAUGUCCUGCUGCUGCCCGUUGAUCUUUUCUUCUUUCCCUGCUGCUGUUACUUCACCCAUCCAUCUGUAGAGUGCUGCUGGUAUGGCGUUGCCUUGCAUUUAGUACAGGAGCUCUAGUAUUCCUGGGGGGAAAGUGCCUUUCUUCUGCUGCUCUAUUUUACCUCCCAGGAUGAUGGCUUUUCAGUUUUGAUGCUCUGCCUGGGUUUUUUUUUUGUUAUUAUUUUUGACAUCUUAGUCUGCAUAUUAACAAUGUCACCUAUUAGGGAUUUUGUUGCAUAUGGAGACAGUCUUUGUGGAUGACUCAUAUGUGUCAUUUGUCAUCCCCGCUACUGAAAAAUCCAGGUGGUCACUUAAGUGUUUCUUUAUUGUGACUCCAUGUAGUUAUAGACUCUAAGUGGAGUCUGUUGAGCUCUGGGGAGACACAUCAGGUGGCAUGUAUGAUCCGGGCAAGGAAUCCCUGGCAGGCAGAAACUUCUAAAUCAUCUUCCCCUGUCCUUCAUCAUGCAAACUUUAUCAUUUCAGCGUGCUUCCGAAACAGCGUUAACACAAGUACCACCUAGGUUGAACCUACAUGCAGACUAUGUGAGUAAAGAUCUGCUAUGUUGUGUUCACCAUCAGGUUGAUUAUUCAGUAUUGUACAUACAGGAGAUUGGGUGGCCAAAGGUGGUGCAUAAAGCCUCCUGCAAAUGAAGCUUCUGGAUUCUCUGUAUUCCUCUAACAGUAGGUGGCAGAGAGCGUUCUUCUGGAGAUGUUGCCAUAAACGUUGACAGCAACAUUGAUGAGGGAUAUAUCAGAGUUAAAAAAAACCAGGGUCACACAUGGCUAGAACAGGCAUUUCCCAGUUCUCCUUCACUCUUUCAUUUUUCACCUUUACUAGAAAAGCGGUGCUUCAACAGGGAAGUAAUGAAUGGGCAACAUUGGACAAAUUCUAUUGGUAUUUCCAGCACAAUUCACUGAGAAUUCAGGAAUGAAAGUGAGUGCAGAGUUUGGUUCUUUGUAUUCAUUUAAAAAUGUUGGAAGAAUUGUUGAAUUCCCAUUCAGAAUUAAUAUUUCAGUUUAUUAGAACUGUAUUUGGCUUAGUAUAAAGCAGUUUCAUUUAAAAAAAAAAGUUAAUGUCAGCAGAAAUUGAAGUAUUGAUUGAAACCUGUUUACGAAUGUUUUGGCCUUGGCUUAAUCUAAUCAGAAGAUGAGCUUUUGAUAUUAUGAGUGCAGCACUUGCAGCAGUAUUGAUUUUAAGAGUCUCCAUGAUCUUCUUUAAACUCUUGAAUCUGUGCAUCGUCUCAACACAUAAAAAUGUUUCUACAGAAAGCUCAUAAGCAACAUUUUUUCUACUGCACUAUGUCUUACACGUAAAAUAUCUCCUCAUAUCCAUAUGGGGUUGAUCUUACUGUUGAGAAAAUUUCAACACAAAUAACUGAGACAAGAGUUUGAGUCUUUCUACCUUCAAGCCAUUGACUGUGAUGUUUUAAUCUCUUGUUAUUGGGGCAAUAAAACAAGAUUAGUUGCCUGCACUUGAAAUAACAGCUUUUGUGUCUUCA